UCCCGCUGUUCACAGUAGUAAGCGCCCGCGCUCUCCCGAAGAGUCAGUCAUGGAACUUUAUCGGACAUCGAGAAAUCUGAUUAUCUUUGCACGGGCUGCAGCGCCUCCCUUCCUACGGUGCCUCGUGCUCAAUGACUCUUCUUCAUUCCCGAGUUGACGAGGUCUUCUUCUCUAGCUGAGCGAAGUGCGAUGGGUUUGAUGGUUUUCUCGAUCUUGACCCCCGCCGCGCAUUAGCCACCCGUUCACUGUCGUGCAGCUGACUAAGGGGGAAUCCUGUGCGAGGUGUUCCUUAGCCUCCUCGGAAAACUGACCCCACUGCCAGGCUUGCAUACGGUAUGUCCUUUUGGUAUUCCUAUUGUUGUGUUACUGUGAUUCAUCAUGACAAAUUUGAACAUCAAGUUUCUUCAAUGUCGACGCCCGGUAUAUUCGAGUCGUUGAAAGCGCGCCUCAAGUCGGACGAACAGUGUGUGGAGGUCAGCUGCGAUGACUAUGAAGUGAAGCCGACCCCAGGCAUAGUGUAUCCUCCUAAUCGUGCCGAAAUAGGAAGAGCGUAUUGGCGAUAUAUUCACAGUCGAGCUCCUUUUGCGGUGGUGCCAGGUGGCCAGCCCAGUUCAGUUGGCCCAGAGAGGCCUCGCCCCACUGAGAUGGAUUGGUUAACCUCUUUGAUUGAGGUGUACCCUUGUCGCCAUUGUGCCGAUAGUUUUGUUGACAUUUGCUGUGAGAUGCCGCCUCAGGUUUCUUCGACUGAUAAAUACACAUUGUGGUGGUGCAAGGCUCAUGAUGCCGUGAACUCCGAGCUUAGCAAGCCCUUGUUUGGCGAGAGAUGUACGGCGAAGUUUCUCCCAGCUAUGCGAGAGGCAGCUAAGAGAGGCUUGACACUAGACGAGUAUGAUUCUUUAAUAGGCAGUAAAUAACUGUUUCGAUA